AUGAGUUCUCAAGCUUCCUUGGACGACGUUUCUACACCUGGCGACCCAUCUACGCCCCUAAACCCCGACAUUGAAGCUCCUGUUAGACAAAGAUUAUCCCGUCCUGCUUCACCCAAUACAUCAAUGAUGGUGGCACCGGCGACAUCUUCGAUGACCCCCCCGCCUUCGUCCCAGAAUCCUCACGGCCGAAAUGCAAACUUGGCUCCAUCUCGGCUCUCGCGCACUCCAGACCCAGGAGCGAUUCUUUCCUCGCCCCCACCAACAGUUGCGAAUGGCAUCAAAAGAGACGCGUCGACGAGCUCGCUCAUAAAGCCCACGCCUCAACAGAUUGCGAAUGCUUCGAUCGACGCGUUGCGCGAGAUUGCCGCGGCACUUUUGGCUGAGAACGUGAAACUAGACGUCCAGGCCCGCGAAGCUCGGAUGUCUGCAGCACAUUACAAGCUCCAGCACAAUCUCCUCACCAUUGAAAGUGAGGAGGCCGUAAAACAUCUGGAAGUCGAGCAUGAUAUGACACUCCGUGAGGUGGAACUUCUUCAGGCGCGCGUUCAAGAUGCCCAAGAUCCUCCUGAAUUGGAGCACUAUCGAAGACGAACCAAGAUACUUGAGGAGGAAUUGCGCAAAGAAAGGGAAAGUCUUCGGAAAGCCAAAAAGAUCAUCAUUUCCAAAGAAGACGAUAUCAUUGAUCUACAAAUCGAUGUGAAGCAACUUCGAGAGAGAAUCCGUAUCAAUCGGGUUCAUGUCAAUGAAAUGCGAAGCCCAGGUGGAAUCUACCAUAAUCCUAGCCUCCACACCUCACCUACAACACCUCAGUUCUAUCGCUCAACUCCUAAACACACACCAAUGACCAACAGGUCUAUGCGACAAGGUCAUCAGAGCCAGGAGGAGCCGCCUUUCGCUGCACUUUUGCUUGCUGAUGCAGUCUUGAGAGAAGGCAAUAACAGUGCACCAUCCACUCCUAUCGUUGACCGGAGACCAGCUCAGCGGACUCCCAACAGGCAUAGCCGUGGCGUUCAGUCAUUGUCGUCGUUGCCUACUACCCCUGGUUCUGCUCGACAAAAGUCCGGUCAUUCAACUCUCUUACCUUCGGCCCAGUUCUCAGCUCAAGCAGAAGCUCGUGUAGCUACUACGCUCAGUGGCGGUCUUCAACAUCCCCGGGAGCGACGCAGAAAAUCUCGUGACAGCACCAUCUCUGCGUCUGACACUGAAGAAAUUGAACGUGCUGCUGCCGGUUACCGUGAGGAGAGCCAAGAAGUGACCGAAAGUCAAGCUAGCCAAAGUGCCACAGAAAUGCUUCGCCGAGAUCCUCGAGAGUCUUUUGAAGUCGCCGCGUCUCGCACAUCCACACCUACACCGGGCGGUACCAAACCUCUUCACCAGUCGAAGAUAUUUGGCACAGUCACCAAGCCGACUGUUGAGAAGAGAAAGCGUGGUGAUGACGAGUACGAUUAUGUUGCUGCAAAGAAACAUCGAACCCCAGCGCCUGUUGGCUUGGGCAUUGACAGGACAUUUUGA